AUGACCCGCAGUGAUCACACGACUGAGUACACGGCCUGGAUCAAAGACGUUGGAAUCAACGACCAGGCUACUCUCCAAUGGAAAAGAUAUUCAGAGAUAUUGAAUGGGAAAAGCCCAAGUUUGGUCCGUGACGACCGCUUACGCUUUCCUAUUCUUGUCUCUGGCAUCACAAGUCCAUUGCAAUACGCUGGUUAUGUGGCCGUAAACGAAACAACCGGACGGUUUUUUUUCUAUUAUUUCGUGGAAGCCAACAAAGCCAGCGACUCUGCUCCUCUUGUGCUCUGGCUCAACGGAGGACCGGGAUGCUCAUCUCUAGGAGGAGGGGGACUGAAGGAGCAUGGACCCUUCCGAGUACACAGCGACGGCAAAACUCUUUUUCGCAAUCCUUAUGCAUUUAACAACGAGGCGGACGUGUUGUACUUAGAAUCUCCAGCAGGAGUAGGAUUAUCGUACACGGAUACUCCAGAGGAUACGAUUGACCCAACGGACAAUAAGACAGCAGAGGAUAACUACAUGUUCUUGGUGAACUGGCUCGAAAGGUUUCCCGACUACAAAGGAAAAGAGUUUUACAUUGCCGGUCAGAGUUACGCUGGUCACUAUGGCCCCCAACUUGCCCAGAUCAUCCUUCAACGUAACAAGCAAACCUUCAUCAACCUACGAUGCGUUUUUGUGGAGAGUAUUGUCGUUUUUAGGUCAUUGGUCCUAAUGGACUUGCGGAUUGGUUAA